GUGAAUUCCACCAUGCAUGUGUAUGAACUUUUUAACUGUAAUAAAAUUAAAUUCCUGCUAACCAGUUGCCGCCAUUAGCAAGUAUGUACAUACUCUGUGCAGGAAAUCAUGCACAAGCACUCAACAUAUUCUAAUUACUUCUGAAUUGUUUAAAUGCCAUUUAAGUGCACUUAAAAUCUGUGAAAUUCGCCAAAAAGCUUUAGUUGAAAUCGAUCAACGUGAAUCCAAUUGAAUCGGGUAAACUGCAAAUGCGCAUGCGCGACCUCACAGCCUGAACAACCACUUGCCGGCGCACUGUAAUAAAGCCGCAUUCGCUACUCAAGUACCACUUAAGACCACUCUACGCGUAAAUGGAACAAAACGUACGAAAAUAGCGCGCGCGUUUCUAAGGACGAAAGACCAGCAGCAGCCGCAUUGCUAAAUUCGAGGAGCCAGGGGGUUAAAGCAACAAAAUAAAAGGACCAUGAGCUGCAGAAAAAAUUUGCAAACGCACAGCGCGCAACACGUUUAAUUUUAUUCAAAUAUUCCUGUUUCUUCGAUCUGUACCGGUUUUUGAUGCGCGCAAAUUUUAAUGCCUUCGCAUAAAGCCAAACAGAGCAUAAGAAACAGCACAUUCUCAGAUUUUUCGCAUACCAACGCAUGCGCCGACAGACUGACUGCUGCCUUGCGAAACGCGAGGAAGUCAAUCAUCUGUAAACCUGAUCUCCAUUGCCUUAAUAUUUGGCUCAGCGCUUAUUCAAUUCAGAAUUCGUUUUCAUAGCGCAGCUGGAAUUCCGGCUGGCUGAGUUGGCUGGCCGUGCUGCCAGCAUUGUGAAUAACAGCGAGCUAACACAAAAGAUUUGCAAAUUACCACAAGCACGCGUUAAUUGACCUCGCUUUUCCUCAUCAUGCUGAAGUGGGCAGUCAAUGCGCCACGGCUCUCGUAUUUAGAACCAGCCGACUCUAAAGUGAACACUGUCGACUUGCAGUUCAAAGCGGUGGACGCAGUUUCUACAGAUAGACUAAGUGAACCCCAGGAAACCCCUUCCAAUGAAAAACGCACACCCUCUGCUUUACGGCAAAGAUUAAAACGUAAAUCUUCAGAUUUCUACCUUUCGCGUCGCUUGCAGAGCUGGCUGGAGAAGGAAAAUCAGGUUGAAGACCUAAAUCAAAUAACAUCCACUCCGCUUCACUCUACCACCAAGGUUCAUGAAAGUAGCCGUCAAUUACGUCGACUAAAUAGCCUCAAAGACUUAAGCAAUAUCAUUCCAUAUGAAACCGUCAGCCCCAACACUUCACCAAAACCAAUUUCCUUCCAGCUCAACACACCGAAUCGUAGCUUGGUGAGCAGUAGAAAAGCACACAACAAUCCCUCCAACUACGCUACCACGCUACCCACCCUCGAAGUAGAAUACUCGCCAUGUGGCCCGGUACCCGGCCCCAUACUCGCGUUACGCGGCUUGGGGAUUGCGGACACAUAUUUCGACAAGCCGCGGUAUCUGCCAACAGAGGAGCAUUCGUACAAUCAUACACUAAUACGUUCCCAAAACGCAGUCAGUACCGAAAAUUCCACCUUUCAAAGCCAGCGCAAUACGCGCCGAUCGUUGAAUGGCGUACGAGACGACACCGCUUCUCUGAGUUCCUCCAGGAUGGGUGAUCAAACGUUGGAACGUAUGAUAGACGCUAUUCUGGAGAGCACACGAAAGGAAAAGAAGCCUAUUAAGUUUGCGAAACAAUUCCAUCAUCAUCAACGCGCCGUUAUGUCGCCCACGUAUAGAUCUGCGGAAGAUCCCGCUAAUGAUUUGAGCGAGUUUUGGAGUGAGGAACCAAAUCAAGCGCCAAUACGUAAAAGGAGGCGUUCGUUGCCUGUUAAAAUGGCGGCUACGCCACAACUUUUUAAUGAGCGAGAGGUACGUUCACCCAUCGCAGGGGGUCACCGCUCGAAACGACAACAAAACAGCAGUCUUUUCCACUUGCGUCGGCAACGUGCGGUGCGUCGGAAAAGAAAAACAUCGAAGUCAGGCGGAAAAAGUACGAAAACAAAUCGACAUAAAAACAACGAAGUAGCAGAAGCCCUAGUUUCUCCGGAACUCCCAGAGCCCAACUCCAAAACGAUAGAAAAUGCGAGUCCUGACAGUGGACACAACUCUUGCAGCGAGCUGGAUGAGAACACCACGAUACUUGAAGGUGAGUGCUUGCCGAUCGUAGAAGCACAAGAACACACUGACUUAAGAGCAUUGGAUGCUACGAAGCGACGUCUCAGCUUUUCAAACAGAAUUUUAACAACCAGCCAAUAGGGGGCAGACGGCGAGAUCGCUGGUGCCUAAUUUGAUGUGGUCACACACAAACGCUUACUUAAUUUAAUGUUUAUAAUGUUAAUGAUGUUAAUUCUGUUGAAUGUUCUGUUUUCUACACAAGAUUACAGUUAUUUUUUGCAUUUUAAAACUAAAUAAAAUAGUAAAACUUAUAAUUUUUCACACA